GUCUCGUACCUACAGAGAUCGUAAAUAAUUUUUUCCGUUGGCGAGUGUUCGUGGUAAAAUAAUUAUUUUGUAGUUUUACUGUGUUUGUGAACUCAAGGUGAGUUUGUUUCUCAUGUUUUAUAUUUAUUUUGAUUGGAGGGUUUUUCGUCUACAUUUUACAUCUUAAUUGAAAGAUAUAAUCCAUCUAAAUGAAAAAGUAGAAAGCCCUUUAGGCAGUGAUGUCAACUGGGGCGAGUUGGCCAAAAAAAACAAGGUCAAGCUGGCCAUAUGGCGAAUUUGCCCCGAAACGUAAGAUUCAUUUAAUUUAUUAUUUUUCAGGAAAUAGAAGCAUGCGUACCUAUAAAAGGAAAACAGAAAGAGGCAUAACACCGAAGGGAGUCAUGCUGGAAGAGGUGUCUGCAGUUGUAAAGGGAAAACAAUCAGUUAGGAAAACAGCUCUCGAUUUCAACAUUCCUAGAAAAACCCUUUCGAGAUAUGUUAACAAAUUCAUAGAGAACGGUGGCAGUGAAGGCAACGUACCGGAAGAAGAAAUUGAAGUUGGAUAUGCGAAAUAUUGGCAGGUAUUUCCUCGGCAACAAGAAGAGCAUUUGGGUAACUACCUGAAGAAAGCAGCAGACAUAUAUUACGGUUUAUCACCGAGAGAAGUCAGAAAAUUGGCUUUCCAGUACGCAGUUGCUAUAAAUGCCAGAAUGCCAAAAAGUUGGUUGAAAAAAGGGCCGGGGAAGAUUGGUUAA